CUAGUCUAGCUUUUGCGAGCACCUUGAAAAUACAAAUAUCUUUUUUCUGCUGUUUUGUCUUCUGCCUUCCCUCCGUGCACAUGUUCUUGCUCCGAACCUCUUGUUUUUCCUACAUUAUUGGUUUGUAGCCAUGACGACUGUUCGGACAGUGCUCCUGGACCUCUCCGGGACUAUCCAUAUUGGGGACAAGCUCAUUCCUGGUGCCUUGGCAGCUUGCCAGAAAUUAGUGCAGAACAACGUAUCGAUCAAAUUCCUCACCAAUACAACCAAGAGUUCUCGCCGUGAGCUACUUGAUCAGCUCUAUGCUUUGGGGUUCGAAAAGGAUCUGUUGAAGGCCGACUCUCUCAUCACAAAUACUCAAGCUGCCAAGCAAGUUGUACAAAAGUACAAGCUCAAGCCCUACUGUUUAGUUCAAGAGAGUUUGCUGGGAGACUUAGGACUAGCAGUGGGCGGUAAAGACGAUGAUGAGAUCGAAUACAAUUCUGUCUUGGUUGGGUUGGCGCCCGAAGCAUGCUACUAUCAAAAGCUCAACGAUGCCUUCCGAAUACUCAUGAAAGAAAAGGAAAGAAGGAAAAAGGAAGCUAUAGCGACGGCUCAACGACCGCCACUUCUUAUUGCGCUCCACAGGGGAAAGUACCUGCGCGACGCGGACGGUGGACUCUCUUUGGGACCAGGAGGUUUCGUCGCCUGUUUGCAAGAGGCGGCUGGGUUGGACGAGUCCGAUAUUGCUGUGAUGGGAAAGCCCACCGGAGCAUUCUUCCAUGCGGCCAUCCCCGAGGGAAUAAGUCCCCCCGAGACCGUCAUGGUGGGGGACGACGUGAAACAAGAUGUAAUUGGCGCCAAAGAGGCUGGAAUUGGCCUCGGGAUUCUGGUAAAGACAGGAAAGUAUCAAGAAGGUGAUGAAGUUGCUGAUGCGGGAGAAGCCGGACCUGACAUAGUUGUGAGCUCUAUUGUUGAGGCUGUCGAGUACAUUCUAGCUAGACAAGAAUGACAGCUAAGUUUUUGGCCCAGCGGUGCAGUUUCCCUAGGGUAGAUUGAUUGUUCUCAGCACCUGUUUCCAUGGGUACAACAAUCACAUUGUACACGAGGAUUGUCGUUCGCGCACGUAUCCGCAGUCAGCCUCUGUAGUUCCAAGUUGCAAAAAGAUUGAGGAAUCGAUCCGGUAAACUGAUUUCCAUCGAAUUCAGCCUGUUGCAAUGAAAACAAUGAAUGAGAAAUGUUGCAAUGCUUUGUAUUUGGCUGAAGCUCCCAAUACGUUUCGCAUUGGAUGCCCUCACCUUGUCCAGAUUGUUCAAAGCUUCCAGCUCGGGGAUUUGGCCCGAGAAUCUAUUUUCGUUCAAUGCCAAUUGUUGCAGUCGAGUCAGCUGGUUGAUGCAUGUGGGAAGCUGCCCUUGCAGCCUGUUCUCUGACACUUCCAGCUCAUCUAACGUAAUCAAAUUACAGAUCCCAUUGGGAAGUGUACCCUCGAGCUUGUUUUCCUUAAGCCACAUUUUGCGCAUCUUCGUCCAUUUGCGGAUGGAACUGGGGAUACCACCUCUAAUCCGAUUGCCGCGGAUAUCAAUAUGCCUCAGCGGUAUCUUCCCGAUUUCGGGUGGCAAAGUCCCUGGAAGAACACGUGUUAGAUUGGUGGCAUGGAGCGCCGUCGUGACCAUCACACAAUUCUUGCACUCACCUGACAACUGGUAGUGCUCUGGGAAGAACGCGUUCGGAGGAACGGUAGAGCGAAGGAUCGCCGUUAGGAAAACUUAUCUCUCAUUGUGCAACAAUCACAAAGCACCAAGAGCGAGGAACGACUUACCAAGAUUAAGCUCCGCAACUUCGUUUUUUGCUGGCCCCGCACACUGAAUUCCAGCCCAAAAGCACUCAUCCAAUUGAGAGAGCCAGCGAACAGAAGCCUCGUCAUCAUAUGAUCCUUGUAGGAGGCGACCGCCAGGGCGUGGCAGCCCGCCACGAGGACCCCCGCCGCCAGGCCCAUCCGGGCUGUCGCCACUAUCUGGGCCGUUUGAGUUCCCGCCGCCACCACCACCACCA